GCCUAGAUCAGACCGCUCAGUCUCAGCAGAGCCAGUAAGACACACAGUGUAGAAUUAUUCUGUCAGUCUGAAAAGACACACACCGCACUCUCACACAUGCACACAGACACACUAUCACAGCCUGCUGGACUUUUAUUUAUUUAUUCACCCCUGAUCUAGGAAUUAAAGAAUCUAGGAAUCUUGUGUUAUUCCCUUGUGCUCCUCUCUUUGUGCUGAGGAGAUAAAGGAGCAAGAGAACCCCGUACCUGGAGAGCGACGCAUGUCUUUGGAGGAUGAGUCCGGCUUUAAAGGCGCUGAUGGAGGGGUGUAGAUACCCAGGGAAAGGCCAGAAGAAAGGUGGAGUGAUGUUGGAGCCGUUUGUUCAUCAGGUCGGAGGCCAUUCUUGUGUACUGCGCUUUGGGGAGCAGACCAUCUGCAAGCCACUAAUCCCCCGAGAACACCAGUUCUACAAGAGCCUGCCACCAGAGAUCCGCAGAUUCACACCUCAGUACAAAGGUGUGGUAUCGGUGAGCUUCGAGGAAGACGAGGAAGGGAACCUGUGCUUGAUUGCGUACCCUCUGCACAGCGAUCCGUCUGAUCAGGAGAACACGGAACCCUUAGCUGAUGGAGAACCCAAAAGCAAGCUGCUGAAGUGGAGUAAAAAGAAGACGUCCGGUCUGCUGGAGAACGAGAGGACGAGAACGAGCCGCAAAGAGGAGAAAAGCAAAAGUAACCGUGAGGAUAAAGCAGAGGUGUUGUACUACAGCCUGGAGAAAGGCAACAUGGCACCGCAGAUCAAACAUAACCCCUGGAGUCUGCAGUGCCACCAGCAGCAUCUACAGAGGAUGAAAGAGAACUCCAAACACCGAAACCAGCACAAGUUCAUUCUCCUGGAGAACCUGACAUGGCACUAUCGGGUUCCUUGUGUCCUUGAUCUGAAAAUGGGAACCCGGCAGCACGGCGAUGACGCAUCAGAAGAGAAGAAAGCCAACCAAAUUCGCAAAUGCCAGCAAAGCACGUCGUCCUUGAUAGGAGUGCGGCUCUGCGGGAUGCAGGUGUAUCACAGUGUAACGGGGCAGCUGAUGUUCAUGAACAAGUACCACGGCCGCAAGUUGAGCCUGGCCGGCUUUAAAGAAGCCCUGUGUCAGUUCUUCAGCGACGGACGCGUUCUCCGCAGAGAGCUCCUCUCUCCGGUUCUGCAGCGGCUCAAAGAGAUGCGAGCUGUCCUCGAAGCCUGCGAGAGCUAUCGCUUUUUCUCCUCGUCUCUCCUCAUCAUCUACGACGGAGCACCAGCACCAGUUGCUGCAAGAUCUCGGCCGUCUCGUGGAGGAGAGGUGGAAGACGAAGAUGAGGAGGAGGAUGAGGAUGAGGAGGAAGGAGCAUAUGGGGGUCGAUCCCAGCACAGGGAUUGUUCCAGCGGAUCAGGAUCGAGCUCGCCAUUGGUGGACGUCAGGAUGAUCGAUUUUGCUCACACGACGUGUCGGGAUUACGGCGAGGAUAGCGUAGUGCACGAAGGUGGAGACAGUGGCUAUAUCUUUGGCCUGCAGAAUCUCAUUAGCAUUCUGUCGCAGCUUGAGGAGCACAGCAAUGAUUAAUGGCAUACAUGAUUAACCAUGUCAUUGGUGCACCGACCGCUAUGCUAGGCUUAUAGUGGAUACCCUGAUAAAGGUAACAGGGCUGAAGGCUAUGUUCCGAUCCCUAAGACCUUUAAUCGCGCCCCAAAGACGAGGCACCAGAGCGUCAAGGAAGGGUGGAAGGUCAAAUCCCAAAUGGCCAUCAGGAGCUGAUGGGACUGAACUGCUAACACGUUUGCUUAUUUUUCUGCAAUAUCUAGUGUGGCCCCUCGCUCCUCUAGUCAAUUCUGUUUUCUCUCUACGUGACAGAAGGACGAGGACAAGGCAGACCAUUAUGUGGGUUCUGGAAGACCCCCAGAUUUUUCUGUACUUGCUCUGAAAUCAAAGAGAGCUGAGAAGGUUAUGAAAUUCUAACAAAGAAAAA